AUGAGUACUACCACCGCCACAUCAGAUGCCGCCAAGGAGUUCACCGUGACGAUAGUCGGCGGUGGAAUCGGUGGACUCGCUCUCGCAGUUGGUCUGCUGCGGCGCAAAGUCCCCGUUCAGAUCUACGAGGCAGCCAGCGCAUUUUCAGAGAUCGGAUUGGGCCUGUCCAUUGGUCCAGCCGCUCACCGCGCCAUGCCCCUGAUUGAUCCGCAGAUUCGGGAGAUCUACGACGCUCUGGUGACCACGCACGCAGAUAGUCCUGGAUAUGAGGAGUAUCGUCAGACCUGGUUUGAAAUUGUCUGGGCGAGUGGCGGCCAGGAAGGCGAGGUAUUGACCAAUCUGAAAGCCUUACCCUCGGGACAGACGACACUCCGACGAGCUCAAUUCCUGGAUGCGCUCGUGGGCUUGAUUCCCACGGAGAUUGUGCAUUUCGGGAAACGGCUGGAUCAUUAUUUGGAGACAGAUCGGGGAGCUCAACUGGUCUUUGAUGAUGGAUCGUCUGUCCAGGCCGAUGUGGUUGUGGGAUGUGAUGGGAUCAAAUCUCGAGUCAAGGAAUCCAUGUUGCCCGAGGAGUCGGGACACACGCAACCGCGGUACAGUGGAAUGUACUGCUACCGUGCUGUGUUGGAUAUGGAGACGAUGGUUGAAGCGGUCGGCGAUCACCGUGCCAGAGUGUCGACUAUCUACAUCGGUGAUGGAGCCUAUGGGAUCUCAUAUCCAAUCAUGAGAGCGCACAAGGUCAACGUGGGCAUUUAUGUACUGAGCGAGGGUUGGGACCAUGAGACAUGGGUGAAGCCGGUGACUAAAGAGAUAAUGCGCCAGGAUACGAACAAUAUGGGCCGAUACGUGCGGUCGUUGAUUGAGCACAUGCCCGAUGCCUCCCAAUGGGCGCUUUUUGACAAUCCCCCCAUUUCCACAUUUUGUCGCUCCCACGUCGCCAUCUUAGGAGACGCCGCCCAUGCAUCCACGCCUCAUCAGGGCGCCGGGGCCGGGCAGGCCAUUGAAGAUGCGCACGUCCUGGCUGAGCUUCUGAGCGAUGAUCGCGUGCGGACCAGUCGAGAUGUGAUCGCUGCUUUCCAAGCCUACGACGAGGUCCGUCGUCCCCGCACUCAAGAAGUUGUGAGCAGCAGUAAAACGGGUGCCGAUCUCUUGUGCUUGUGUCUGGACGGCGUGGGGAAUGACGCGGAAAAGCUCAGAGAAGCAUUUCAAUCGCGAUUUCGCUGGCUGUGGGAUUUGGAUAUUCCCGAGCAAGCCGAGCGGGCCAGGCGAAUGAUGUAUAGUCAUUUAGAAGCAUUAGUGGAGAGGUGA